AUGGACCGAGCUUGUUUCGUCUUCCUCCUCUCUGUGACACUGCUUCUAGCACGAUGCUACAUGGCUAGCUCAGGUAAUGCAAUAUUUCCCAACAUUACCACCGAUCAAUCCGCUCUUCUAGCCUUAAAAGCUCAUAUUUCUCAUGAUCCUCACAAUGUUUUGACAAAAAAUUGGUCGACCAGCUUUUCCGUUUGCAGCUGGGUUGGUGUCAUUUGUGGUACCAAGCAUUACCGAGUCACUGCGUUGGACCUUUCUUACUUGGGCCUUGAAGGCACUAUUCCUCCGCAUGUUGGAAACCUUUCUUUUCUUGUUAGACUAAGCAUCACAAACAAUAGUUUUCAUGGGUCUUUGCCCAACGAGUUGGCUCAUCUCUUCCGACUGAAACUCUUAGACUUUCGAUUCAAUAACUUCAGUGAAGAAAUCCCAUCGUGGAUGGGGUUGUUGUUCAAACUUCAAUAUUUGUUUCUAAAUCAUAAUACUUUCACAGGCCCCAUCCCACCUUCUUUAUCUAAUGCAUCUUCAUUGCGAAUUGUUGAUCUUGGUUAUAACCAGCUUUCGGGCUCCAUACCUUCUUCUGUCUUCAGCAUAUCCACCUUGCAAAGAAUUUAUCUUGGAAAUAACAUGCUAUCAGGUCCAAUGCCCUCUGUCAUCUUCAACAUGUCUUCACUCCAAGUCAUUGACCUCCAAGCAAAUAAGUUGUCCAGUGAACUCUCAUCAGAUGUGUUUGAUAAUCUUCCCAAUUUGCAGAGCCUUCAAUUGUCCUCUAAUCAGUUUUAUGGCGAACUCCCAUCCACUUUAUUUAAGUGCAAACACUUGCAAUAUUUAUUGUUGCGGGAAAAUAAUUUCACAGGAAGAGUGCCACAAAAAAUUGGAAACUUAACCACGCUUAUGGAGUUAGACCUUAAAGACAACAGCCUUGAAGGAAGAUUACCUUCGGAGAUUUGGAACUUAACCACACUUAGGGAGCUUAAACUUGGCCAUAACCAUUUUGAAGGUGCAAUACCGAGUGAAGUUGGUAAUCUACAAAAGCUACAGUUCUUCGGAAUCAGUAGCAACAACUUUGUUGGCUUAAUUCCAUUUGAGAUUUUCAAUAUCUCAACAAUACAAGUCAUAGAAAUGACUUCUAAUUACAACCUUCAAGGGCAACUUCCAUCAAAUAUGGGUCUCUUCCUUCCAAAUCUUCAGUUGCUUUUGCUUGGAGAAAACAAUCUAAGUGGAACAAUUCCUAGCUCUAUCUCCAAUGCUUCACAGCUUCGAGGCCUAGAGCUAGCCUAUAACUCAUUCUCGGGGUUAAUUCCUAUGACAUUUGGUAACUUAAGGCUACUCGAAUAUCUCAACAUAGGAUUCAAUAAUUUGACUGUGGAAUCUUCUGGUUUGAGCUUUUUCUCAACUUUGUCGAAUUGCAUAUAUCUCAGUGAAUUAGGUUUGGCAGUAAAUCCACUGAACAACAUCCUAGACAGUUCCAUUGGGAAUCUCUCUACUCUUAUGCAUCUUUCAUUGGCUAGUUGCAAUAUCAAAGGUAGCAUUCCAAGAGAUAUUGGCAAUUUAAGAAAUUUGAUAAGGUUGAGCUUAUCAAAUAAUGAAUUGGCUGGACCGAUUCCAACUACAGUGGAAAGGUUGCACAUGCUCCAAGGCCUUUUCCUUCAUAGUAAUAGCCUAGAAGGUUCCAUCCCAUCCGAUCUGUGUUCUUUGAAGAACCUCGUUCAACUGUAUUUAGAUGAUAAUGAGCUUUCCGGAUACAUUCCUAAGUGCAUGGAUAAUUUAACUUCAUUACAAAUUCUCUCCUUAGGAUUCAACAAAUUAACUUCAAUUCCUUCGAGCUUGUGGAGCCUUACUUAUCUAUUGGAGGUCAACUUGUCAUCCAACUCUCUAACUGGCUCUCUCCCAUUAGAGAUUGGAAAUAUGAAGGUACUGCGGCUAUUAGAGUUAUCAAGAAAUCAAUUUUCUGGUGAUAUCCCAAUAACAAUUGGCGGCCUCACAGAUCUAGUGCAGCUCUCUUUGGCAAAUAAUCGACUAGACGGCUCAAUUCCUGAAUCAUUUGGCAAACUGAUAAGCUUGGAGUCUUUGGAUCUUUGCAAUAACAACUUAUCUGGAGAGAUUCCUAAGUCCUUAGAAGCACUCCUAUACCUCAAAUAUCUAAAUAUGUCUUUUAAUAGACUGCGAGGACAAAUUCCGACAGGUGGAGCAUUUGUAAACUUCUCGGCUACAUCUUUUAUGUCAAAUGAUGCACUUUGUGGUGUUCCUCGACUCCAAGUUCCUCCAUGCAAAGAAGGUCUUCAUCGAAGAAAAAAGACCAAAACACCACGUAUGCUAAAGUAUUUACUACCAUCAAUUGGUUUAACAAUACUUGUGGUGAUCCUUGUAUUAGUUUGGACGAGACGCCAAAAAAGGAAUGCUAAAGUUUUAAUUGAGGCAGACUUGUCACCUCUACCAGCAUGGAGAAGAAUUUCCAAACAUGAACUUUUACAAGCAACUGAAGGUUUUAGUGCAAAUAAGUUACUUGGUAAAGGGAGUUUUGGAUCAGUAUACCAAGGAACACUCUCAGAUGGGAUGGUUGUUGCAAUAAAAGUUUUCAACAUGCAAGUAGAAGGGGCAUUCAAGAGUUUUGAUGCAGAGUGUGAGGUACUCCGUAAUAUUCGCCAUCGAAAUCUUAUUAAAAUCAUCAGCACUUGCAGUAACAUGGACUUUAGAGCCUUCAUAUUGGAAUACAUGCCUAAUGGAAGCCUAGAAAAGUGGUUGUAUUCUCAAAACCACUCUUUGAAUAUCUUACAAAGGCUAAAUAUUAUCAUUGAUGUUGCAUCAGCACUUGAUUACCUUCAUUAUGGUUAUUCAACAUCUAUUGUUCACUGUGAUUUGAAGCCAAGCAAUGUCUUAUUAGAUGAAGAUAUGAUUGCACAUGUCGCUGAUUUUGGCAUAGCCAAACUCAUAGGUGAUGAGGAUUCCAUGAUGCGGACAAUGACCCUCGCUACUAUUGGGUAUAUGGCACCAGAGUAUGGAUCAGAAGGAAUAGUUUCUACAAAAGGCGAUGUGUAUAGUUAUGGCAUCUUACUAAUGGAAACUUUCACAAGAAAAAAGCCUACGGAUGACAUGUUUAACGGAGAAAUGAGCUUGAAGCGUUGGAUAGAUGACUCACUAACCCUUUCAGUAGUUGAUGUUAUUGAUGUCAACUUGCUGAGAAACGAAAGAAAUUAUAGUGCUGUGGAGGACUGUAUAUCAUCCAUUAUGGAAUUGGCUUUGGGUUGCUGUGCAGAGUCACCGGAAGAAAGAGUUAAUACAAAAGAUAUUGCAGCCACACUCAACAAGAUCAAAUUCAAGUUUCUGCAAGAUAUUGGAGGAGGCUAAUGUUAGAUAGUUCAUGAUUGUACUAAUUAUAUUAAUUGGCGGCCAAUUGCUAUUCAAAAUUAGUCUCAAAGUCUUGGAGGCAAGCAACAUCAUUAUUUAUGUAGAGAUGCUCCUAAAAAAUGCCCAAGCUCCAAUUUUCUUGCCAUGAAGUUGAGUUCAGCUGAGUUGAUCAA